CAAAAAUAUACCACAAAACAUGCGUGCCGAAAACGGUUAUUGGGAUGUAGGCCUAGUUAAUACACUGAAAAACAGACUGUUGUCAACAGUGUGACCUAAAUUCACAGAAUAAUGAGGAUAACCAUAAUUUUUCUUAAAACAGGAACAAACGAACAAGCAAAGCAUUAGACAAACAAACAAACAAAUCAGAGCUAAACUGCAGGCUCGAACAUCGAUGCAUGUGGAGGCGCGAGAAAACGAAUAGGUUAGCUUGAUUUAGUUCACCAGACCGUCGGUGAGCGGAGUUCGUCAUUUUUGCCCAUUUGGAUGUUCAGUCGUUUUCUGCACCUCUCGUCCAACCGGGCUCGAUAAAUUGAACGUACCCACUCUCCCCCAAUGGGGGAGGAGUUGCGCUCAACAGCUGGCAAGCCUGCUUUGAUGAUUUUUGACAAAGCUACCUCCCCACGAAACACCAUCGGUUCCCUCAGAAAAGACCCACACUAAUUGUCCAAUUCAAAGAAGAAAAACGAACAAGGGGGACUUAAAACUGUCAAAAUAUUUCAAACGAAUAUAUACUGACUCGUUGGUAUUUUUCGUGAGAAACACAGGAGAGAUUUGCCUCGUGAAAAGGUGCCUUUUUUGACAGAGCUGUUGCAGCUAUAGGCGCUCGAGACGAGAGUGAGGUAAAACGAAAGUUGGGAGCAAACACGAAUCUUUCCAAAAGGGAAACGACUGGACACUUCGCCUCUCCACUCACUCCAUUUCCUCGCCUUCAAGUCACAAACACGUCGGCUGAGAUGCGGCUGCCAGUUACCUGGAGUUAAAUGCUAACGUUAGUCCAUGAGAGGAGAGUGCGAGUUUGGCCAAGGACUAGGAGAAAGAAGAAGAGGGCUAUUUCCUGAAACGGAGGGACCGAGGGACAGAGCAGGGAGAGGACAUGUCUCUUUGGGUCAUACUACCUGUUAGUCUGCCUUCAUUGACCAUCACUGGAAUAUGGGUUGUGUACGUCAUGGCCCUGUACAACCAGCACGUCUGUCCUGUGGAUAACUGGUUAUAUAACCAGUCGUGUGACAAGGAGCUGUACCUACAGAGUGGACCAACGUUGUGCUGUACUCUAGACAAUGUUCCACUCAUCAGUGUGUGUCUCUGAGACAGUGGCGAGGUCCAGUAAGCUGAGAGGGCUUGGUCUUAACAGGAGACGGGACCAGGCAGACAGGUGGAAGCUCGCAGGCAGUAAAUGUGGGACUCUUCCUCCAGAAAGCUGCUUCUUCAGCCUCAUCUGCAGCGCUGGAUCCUUCAUGGUGAUGGUGAUAGUAUUCCUACGUUAUGCCCAUGUGAUAGAGAAGUAUCAGAACUGUGUGUUGAACACAGCAGGCCUAUCCACCGGCUGGAUCUGUGCUGCAGGACUCAUCAUGAUUGGCAACUUCCAGGUGGACAAUGCUAAGAUCCUCCACUAUGUGGGGGCAGGGGUAGCGUUCCCCACCAGUAUGCUGUUUGUGUGUCUUCAGUCGGCUCUAACCUACAGGCUGGCCAAAACUCAGGGAGAAUACAGCGUGGCUCACCUACGACUGGGCAUGACACUACUGGCCUUCAUUACCCUGGUGCUUACUGGCGUGUUCUUUAUCCAGGAGAGCUUCGUCCUACAGCAUGCAUCGGCCAUCUUUGAGUGGGUAUUCUGCAUCAUCAUCAUGCUCUUCUACGGAACCUUUGCCUUCGAGUUCACCGGUGUCACAGGAGAUACUGUGAUGGUGCUAGCCAGAGGGGGAGCCCUGGGGCCCAACAGGAGAGGCCACAAAGUGGAGUCCUUAGGAGGUCCCAUUCCACCCCCCCCUGAAACCAUGUCAAUGCUGUAGUCCCUGGGAGAGAAGCCAGAGAGCUGGCCUGUACCAUUAUCAAUCUGGGGGAGGUGGAGGGACUUUUGAGUAUCCAUUGCCAAAACACCACCAUUGCAGGGUGUGAAGUGGACUAUGCCAAUGCUACAUAAGCCCAGGGGAGAGGAGUAGACACUGGAUGAGAUGGGGGUUUGUACUGUUCCCCUGUCCCAGCCUCCAAAGACAAUGCUUGUGUUUGCACGUCACUGAAGGAACCAAAUCCUCUCUUCCUUUUCUUUCAUCCCCCCCUUUUCCAGCCAAAGGAAGAGUGGUGCUUUACAGGAAGUGUUCCCUGCUGCUGUCUGACAUCACUGUCGUCUGGACACAGGUUAAGAGUGGAGGGCAGGCCACCAGACGGCCAGAUAGCGUGAGAGGCUGUAUCAUGAGAAAGAGAGGCUGAUAGAACACUAGAGGAAUGCAUUUGAGAAAAGAGAUACUGCCUGUGUGGGAGAGCUAGGCCUGUGUAAUGUUAAAUUUGCACAUGAAAUCUCUUUAUUUUCAGAGACCAUUUAGUGAGCAGACAUGACUGUUUCCCCCAGUGCUAGAGUCCAAACAAGGCAAAAAGCCUCCGUCAUUUGUUCUUUAAAACGCACAAUAACAAUACUAUGACACCCGGGUCUCACAUAAGUCCCAAUAUGCCAUAUGGAAUAUUUAAAAUGGUUCAGUUGACUCUCCUCAAAUGUAGUGAGACUAGCUAAAACGAAUGUGUUCAUGACAUGGAUGCUUCUCUGAUUAACAGUAUCUUGGUCAUUGAAACCCGGGUUUAAACCUGGGAAUAUCUGGCUGCCAGAAUUACCUUAGCUUCAGUAGAAAAAAUAUGUAAACAUGCCUUAUAAAGCUGGACAUUGUAAUGCAGACUGUACAAAUCUGUUUUUUUCUUCAUGAUUAUUAGAUGAACUUGAGUAUAUGGAAAGCCAAACCUCCAAUAGUAUUUUAUAAAUGUUGACUGUAAAGUUCAACCUAAACUUAUGGGUGUCGGGAGUGGAGAAGAGGACUGGAAGAAUCCAACUGUAAACCAGCUAAUACAAGCCAGAGCUGUGCCUGGGCUGAUCGAGUUAAAUCACAGAAAUAUGAAAAGGUCUGAAAAUGGAGAAUCUAUUUAUAAUCAAAGAAACAAUAAGUGGACACACCGUCUCUUUUUCAGAGCUCCCCUUUUUCUAUUUGUCAGCCUGACAACGUGUUACCGUCCCUGAUGACUUGUUACCAUCUCAGUCAACUUGUCAGUUGUUUUGCAAGGGUACAAUGUAUUGUUGGACGCUGAAACUACAGAACAUUCCUACCUCCGGGUUAUCUUCUUAGCUUUCUGUUCCUUUAGCUUAUCCUGGCAUAGGGCCAAAAGGGAAUGGGAUGGAGCUUCUACUUGCUGCUGUUCUUCCAUAGAAUGUAGAGAGACAAACCAUCCGUAUCCAUAGAAUGUAGAGAGACAAACCAUCCAUAUCCAUAGAAUGUAGAGAGACAAACCAUACAUAUCCAUUCUCCUGCCUGGAACUACACUGCCAAACUAUCCUCCUGCCUUUCAGAGCUUGUGCUAUGAGAUCUUAUUAUGCAAAUCGGUCUCCACUGUUUCAAUGCUGCCACAUUAGCUAUGAUAAUGAAUAAUAAAUUGGUGCUUAUAUUUGGCCUAUUUCACACAUGUACAAGUAUGUGUUAAUACGCAUGUGUGAAUUAGAUGUUUGUUUGUUGCAUAUCUCAAUUCCGGCUGAGAGACCUGUGGAGAGUGGGGUCACAGACAGGUUCAGCCAUUAUCAACCACGAAGCAAUUAGGGUUAAGUGCCUUGCUCAAAGGCAAAUAAUAAGAUUUUUCACCAUGUUGUCUCGGGAUUUGAACUAGCAACCUUUCGGUUAAUGGCCCAAUGCUCUAAGCGCAGGCUACCUGCCACCCUAGCGGCGGUGGAUUGCAGAACGAUAUGUAGAGUCUAUAGUUUUACAUUCAUCACAACAGCUUGAAAGUGAUUCUGAGAGAGUUUGUCACUUACUGAUGAAAUUAAUCUAAUAGUAAACGUUUGGAGAGGGAAAAAGUGGUCUAUUAGCCCCUUUUUAGUGGAGACAGAUUAAUGCGCAGAGCUCUUUUGCAUUUACGUCAUUUAGAAGACGCUCUUAUCCAGAGCGACUUACAGUAGUGUGUGCAUACAUAUUCAUUUGUACUGGUACCCCGUGGGAAUCGAACCAACAACCCUGGCGUUGCAAGUACCAUGCUCUACCAACUGAGCCACACGGGACCACCAUGCUCUUCUAUUGCUAUCAACUGGUUCAAUGUGGCCUUAUCAACUGUUGGAUGAGUAUAAGGCCUGUGUAUUCUGACUGAAUGCUGUGCCAACCAAUCCUCAACAUGAAGUUCAUCAUCCAUCUGUAUUAGUGCCAGAAAAUGAAUUGAAUUCUGAUUAAUUGAAUCUCAGUUUAAGUGGCCUUUAAAUGCUAUUUUCUUGAAACUGUCUUAAUAAAUCUCACUGACCCAGUAUUGAAUCACUCUGCCAAAUGUUAUCAAAUCAUAUGAGAGAGCUUCAAGAAGUAGGAGGAAGUUUUCACCUAGAUACUUAUCCAGGAUCAGUUUUGCAUAUUUCCUCCUUCAUGGUUAGGAUUGGGCCAGGUUUAAUGUCUACGCUGAGCAUCGUGGUCAUUAGUCACCAAAUGAAAAUAAACUGGCUGAAACAGGGAGGAACUAACUAGACUACCUGUCAAAUGAAUUCAAUGAAUUCAUGAAUUCAAAUUUCCACGGUCAAUUUCGGAACAUUAUAUAACAUUUUCUGUUACAUGUCUUAAGGAAUAUGACCCAUGUCAAUGUUCUGUUUCUCUGUUUACUGAUCUACCUUCAAACUUUUACCUCUCAGGAAUCUGUUACAUCACCAGCUGGCUGCAAUCAGUGAUUCUAAACAAAACUUCACUUUUUCAAGUAUAUUGUGUUUUUUUGUAUAUUCGAUUGUGUUUUAAGGAACUUGUUUUGACCAGUGGGUUGAUUUUACAUUUCAAUAUUGUAGUGCCAUUGGCUUUGCCCAUAUCUGACCUGAUUGGUCACGCCAUGGUUCCAUGUUCUAUACAGAACCAUAUAUUUACAUAUGGAGCUGGUUCUAUGCUUUAUCAAAGAAGGUCAACACUAUCUUGUAGAAAUAGCAGUGGUGUUAUAAGUGCUUCAUUAAGACAUCAAUACGGUUGAUGGAUAAUCAUUCGUUUGGUUGCGUUUUAUUUGUACAUCCAAAGGGUCUCUCGAAGGCUAAGUUGGCACACGUGUACUCUCACAGAGUAGAGAACAUUCCUCUAUCUAGCUGUUGUCCUCAUUGGUAUGUUCAUUGUCUUACCUACCUACAGAUAUCCAAAUGAAAAUAGUGCCAUAUUCUACUGAAAUGUAGAGAACAUGUAUGUGCCUUUUUAUUUUGACGAAACCAAAGAAAGAUGUUCCAGGUUAAGUGUUUAUGAGAGAAGGAAGAUGUAUAUUUGCCUUAAAUUGUUCUACAAUAAAACUGUAAAAGUA